UCUGUGAGGGGGAAGCGGCCUACUGCGCAGGUGCAGAGCUGUCACUUCCGCUAUCGGGAGAUACCGGAGCGAUGUCUGCCACACUUCGCCCGUACCUCAACACAGUCCGCGCCACCUUACAGGCGGCGAUGUGUCUGGAAAACUUCUCGUCGCAGGUGGUGGAAAGACAUAACAAACCCGAAGUAGAAGUCAGGAGUAGUAAAGAACUGCUCUUACAGCCAGUGGUCAUCAGCAGGAACGAGAAGGAAAAAGUGUUGAUUGAGGGAUCCAUUAACUCCGUGCGUGUCAGCAUCGCAGUGAAACAGGCUGAUGAAAUUGAAAAGAUUUUAUGUCACAAAUUCAUGCGCUUCAUGAUGAUGAGAGCGGAAAAUUUCUUUAUCCUGCGCAGAAAGCCUGUAGAGGGAUACGACAUCAGCUUCCUGAUCACAAACUUCCACACGGAGCAAAUGUACAAACACAAGCUGGUCGACUUCGUGAUUCAUUUUAUGGAGGAGAUCGACAAGGAGAUCAGCGAGAUGAAGCUGUCAGUCAACGCUAGAGCCCGUAUCGUAGCCGAGGAAUUCCUUAAGAAUAUCUGCCGCUGGGAAGUCUUAACACAAAGAACAAUAGUUGCCGCCAGCGCCGGUGUCGCCAUGGUUACCCAGCCCGCACCUAAAACACAGAAUCCGGGGGGAGAAAACUGUGACAAAACAGAAAAUAUGGAGGGAACAGGGAUAUCCGGAAGACCCCAGACUCAGUGCGAAGGACAAGAGAAGACGUCUAAUGGAAACCUGAGAAAGAAACCCCACUCUGCGACCGAGAAGCACAAACCAGAUGUGACGGCUGCAGAAGGGCGGGUGCGCAAGAUAAUUAAUUACGCCAUGAUUAAUCCAGAUCGCCUGAAACUUGCCAAGCUCCUGGUGGAAAAAGCGAUCAAGCAAAAAAAAAUAUUCAGUAUUCACGGCCCGUACCCUGUGAUACGCCAUUGCCUGCGGAGCAGAGGAUGGGUGGAGAAAAAGCUGCCUAAGGUCACAAAGGCUUCCCGGAAGAAGGAAAAGGCGGUGGAUGAAGAGAACGAAGAAGACGAUGGGGAUGGAAGUGGAAAUGAUGAUGACGAUGAUGACGCUGAGGAAGAGGAGGAGAAGGACGAGGAUCCAGAUGGCACCUACGAUCUCAUGUCAAGACUCGUCCGCAACGAAAUACCCUAUUUUAUCUGGACAACCCGGCGAGACGCUGUGGAUGGCAGGUUCCUGAAGAAAGAUCAGAUGAUGAACCAUUAUGCCAAAGCUGGCUCCUUCACUACCAAGGUGGGCCUCUGUACCAAUUUAAGGAACCUCCACUGGUUUGACGAAGCCGACCCCGAUUCUUUCUUCCCUCGAUGCUACAGGCUGGGAGCCGAGGAUGAGAAGAGGGCAUUCAUUGAGGAUUUCUGGCUGACGGCCGCUCGGAGCAUUCUCAAAAGAGUGGCAGGAGGACAAUUGGACAGAACUCUUGACAUCCAGGAGAAUACACCUACUGUGAAUGAUAACAAAAGAGGAAACAAGAAGCGCGGAGGUUGUGUCCCCAGUCACAUCAUCACAACAGCCAUCAAAGCCUGCGAGGCCUAUCUGAACAGCCUGGAACAUGAUGAUAUUGACUUAGAAACAGCUUCAUCUUCCAUCAUGACAGAUGCAUCAUGGGAGGAAUUUCUGCACAGCUACUAUCAGGUCAUUCAUGAAGGAGCGUCCAUUGAGCAUUCUUUCUCAUAUAUGGAUCAGUGCGGUAACUUAUUGCAGCAUUUAGCUGAAGUGAAUCCGCAGCUGGAAAUUGAAGGUGACAGAAAUAUCUGGAUUGUUAAACCAGGUGCCAAAUCCCGUGGAAGAGGUAUUAUCUGCAUGGAUCGCUUGGCAGAGAUUCUGAAGCUGGUGGACUACGAUCCCAUGAUUGUCAAGGAUGGAAAGUGGGUGGUCCAGAAAUACAUCGAGAGACCGCUACUCAUCUUCGGCACCAAAUUUGAUGUGCGUCAGUGGUUUUUGGUGACGGACUGGAACCCUCUGACCAUCUGGUUCUACCGGGAAUGCUACGUGCGAUUUUCAACACAACCAUUCUCCCUGGAGAAUCUUGACACAUCCAUCCACUUAUGCAAUAACUCCAUACAAAAGAAUUUUGAGAACUCCCGUACUCGUCAUCCUCAGGUUCCUGCCGAUAAUAUGUGGUCUAGCGAUCAAUUCCAGAUGCAUCUCCAGAGGUUGGGAGAAAAGAGAGCCUGGGAGGAGAUCAUUGUGCCAGGGAUGAAGGCUGCCAUCAUAAAUGCCAUGCAAAGUGCCCAAGAUGUAGUAGAGUUCAGAAAAAGCAGCUUCGAGUUAUACGGGGCCGAUUUUAUGUUCGGAGAGAACUAUCAGCCCUGGUUGAUCGAGAUUAAUUCCAGCCCAACCAUGGCACCAUCUACAGUUGUGACCACCAGGCUUUGUGCUAUGGUUCAGGAGGAUACUUUACGCGCAGUGAUUGAUCGAAAGUAUGAUCGCAACUGUGACAUUGGUGGCUUCGAACUUAUCUACAAACAGCCUGCUGUUGAUAUUCCUCAAUAUGUUGGCAUCAAUUUAUUGGUGGAGGGCUCCACAGUGAGAAGGCCACGUGCUCCUCUACCAAAACCCCUCAAUGGACCUGUAAACAUCGGCUUCACUCAACCGACCAACCAAAGAUCCCUCUCCAUGGUGCAAAGCCAGACAUCUAAUGUAACCUCAAUUAUUGGUAACCAAGAUCCUUCAAGAAAAAGGUCAACGAUCCCAUAUUCAACGUCCAAGUCUUCCCGGACCAUACACAACCCUCACACCUUAAAAAGGGCAAAAACCACAGUCAUGGGUAAAGAAAACAUUGCAAUAGCAGAAGUAAAAUGUGGACGUGAGAGCGUGGAACUUGUGAGGCUGUCCAGCAAGUUGGGGUCGGAGCAUAAGGAUAUGACCAAAUCCUUGGUGCACAGGAAAAGCAUGUCUAAAGGAGCAGUGACCCAUCUCCAUCAGCGUCUGCUCGCUGCUCCUAAAAUGUCUCUCUCCGAGAAGCCACCUUUAAUAAAAUACCUAGCUGGCCAAAGGGAUGGGAUACACCUUGACUUGAAGUUCUCCAGCCUUGACCUUGGAGAAAUUCAGCUUCUCAAAAACUUUCCAAGGACAGGGCUGGACCCCCUCCGGAUGCCAUGCUUGUUUUGCAAGGGACCUUCUCUGAGCAACAGCCUACAGGCAACCUGCAGCUGCACCAAGAGCGCUAAACUUCCAGUCAAGCCCAUCCGUUUCCAGCUCACCAAGGGAACCCUGCUUGGCAGGUGCCAUGAAGGAGCAGAGCCCCUCACGGCCCGGGGUACGGCCAUCCUCACGUCGCUGCUGCUGUGAUCCUUACGGACAGAACUGACAGGGCUACCCAGUGACAUAAUGGUGCUGACUACAACAAUGG